CAUACGUCUCUCUCAUCACUCAUCACUAUGUUAAUAAUUAAUAAAAAAACGAAAAACAUAUAUAAAAAAGAGAGAAGGAGAAAAGAACGUCAAAUAUCCCUAAUUUUGUAAAAACGUCAAAUAUCCCUAAUUUUGUAAGGAAAUUAAUGGUAUUGUUAUUAGAUUCUAAUUAUUCAUCAGCCCCUACUUUCUUUGUCGCAUGAUUUUCCACUUUCUGUCUUACCAAAAAAACGAUUUUCCACUUUCUGCUCUCAAAUUUCACAUUUGCUUGUAUCUGUGACAACAAGUUACAAGCUUCGAACCUUUUAAAACAAAUUGAAUAUAAGAGAAUUCUCUCUCUGUCCCUCUCUCUCUCAGUCUAUCCUUUUUAAGUGGAUCCAGAAGUUUAACUCGGCAUCACAGAAAGACGGACGAUUUUGUCAUAUUCUGCAAAUCAGUUUCAGAACUGAAUUAAUCAUUGGCUGAUCAAUGCAACGAUAUAGAAUUGAGCAAGCAAUUCAUUAUUACAAAGCUUGCUUUGUGAUUGACUUGAGCUUGAAUAUUGUACCUUCUGUCAUUUUUGAAGUCGUAACAAGAUCAAAAUUCUUGCAUUGGCUUGGAUCGUACUACUGUGUUUCCUUCAAUGUGAAGCAGGAGUUGGAAGAAUAACAAAAGUGAAAUGCAUGAUCCUCCUGAUGCUUGUGGAAACUGGAAAUUAUUUUCUGCCAUGUAAUAAUGUAUUCUUCAACAGUACCAACAGCUUCCCAUCUUAUGUCUUCCUCCAACAGCAAUAUGUUUCUGAAUGGUGAUGAUGGUGUUCGAAUGCCAAGUUCUGAUUCAUCAAGCAGGCAUAUUGCUGAAAGGUAUUUUAAUUCUAGGAACUUACGAGGGGAUGACAAUGUCAAUUAUUCUCCAGAACAAGAGGCUAUGGAACUUAAUUUUAGACUCAGGGCACAGAAAGAGGAGAUCUUGCUACUGCGUGAGCAAAUUUCUGAUGCUUGUCUCAAGGAGCUGCAGCUGCUGAAUGAGAAACAUGCAUUAGAGAGAAAAUUUUCUGAUUUGCGAGUGGCACUUGAUGAGAAGCAGAAGGAUGCUAUAACUUCUGCUUUAGGAGAAAUGGCUCGCAGAAAGGGUGGUCUUGAAGAAAACUUAAGGCUAGCUCAUGACAUGAAGGUUGUGGAAGAUGAGAGGUACAUCUUUACAUCAUCCAUGCUUGGAUUAUUAGCUGAGUAUGGUAUUCGACCCCAUGUGAUUAAUGCUUCCGCGAUUUGCAAUAGUGCAAAGCGUUUAUAUGAGGAGUUGCAAUGGAAGAUUAGAAUGUCUCAUGCUAAUUUUCUGGAUAUUAAUUCUAAAUUGGUAUAUCAAGCUGCUGAUGGACCCUCCAGUAAAGAUCAUCAAUCAACCAGUGUCUUCAAAGGUCAACUUCGAACAAGCACGGUCCCGAAUGGCUUUCACCCUUCUAAUUUCUAUUUCCAUGAAAGGGAUUUAGAACCAACCUCUAAUAUGACAAGAUUUCCUUGGAACCCUGAUCCGAUGGACAUGAAAGAUAUAAUACCAAAUGUUGAGAUGCACCACAGAGACGAUAGAAGGGAGAUCUUGAUCAACAGUGAUAAGGGGUUAGAUAAUGUUGUGAAGGAAAAUGAGACCAAUGCAAGCACUGAUACCCCCUUUCAUUUCCCUACCUUGUAUGAAGAGCAUGCUUCUUCUGCCUCGGAAGAGGGGCUCUUACCUGGCAUAGAAGGUUUUCAAAUUAUUGGUGAUGCUAAACCAGGAAACACACUGCAAGCAUGUGGGUAUCCUGUACAUGGAACUUCUCUUUGCAUGUUUCAGUGGGUUCGUCAUCUACAGAAUGGCACGAGGCAUUACAUUGAGGGAGCCACAAAUCCAGAAUAUGUAGUGACAGCUGAUGAUGCCGAUAAGCUUAUUGCUGUGGAAUGUAUACCAAUGGAUGAAAAAGGCUGUCAGGGCGAUUUGGUGAGGCUUUUCGCUAAUGAUCAGAAGAAAAUAACAUGUGAUCCUGCAAUGCAAGAAGAGAUUGAAAAGCAUCUUUCUGCUGGUCGAGCAACAUUUAAUGUCUUACUUUUGAUUGAUUCCUCUGACAUUUGGGAGCCAACAACAUUCAUUCUGAAACGUUCCAGCUACCAAGUUAAGAUCAAUAGUAUGGAGGUUGUGGUAAUCGAGGAGAACUAUUCAGCUGACUUAUCUAUCAAGAUUCCAUUUGGGCUUUCAAGCCAAUUCGUGUUAACAUGCUCCGAUGGGACUUCUCAUCCAUUUAGCACCAAAAAUGAUGUUCGUAUGCGUGACACUCUUGUUCUGUCCAUGAGAAUUUUCCAGAGCAAGCUGGGUUCCUGUAUAUACCAAAUAGAGCUCUUUUUAUGCUUUGGAAAGGAUGGAAGGCUACCUAGACAUACAUGUGUAUGGGGCCAUCCAGCAAGGUUAGGAUGUAUGAUAAGAGUCGGAAGACAAUACCCCUUGCAUAAGGAAAGGGAGGGAAUGCUCAACUCCAAGAGAGCAAGAGGGAGAAUUCUAUUCUGCCUUUUUAUUCUUACAUGUAAUUUGAAUUUUGGAUAGUGUUGCAUAGUCGGUAUUGUGUUACUCUAACCAACUGUGAGGAACUCUAGGCAUCUUAAACGAUUUUUAUGAGCUCCAACUGCUAGUUUUUCUUGGAACUAAGACUAUCUUGGUAGUGUGAGUUGAUUAAAUAUUUCAAACUAUGAUCAGACUCAAAAAUGAUUUGAAUUUGAAUAUCUUA